AAAUUGACAGGCUUUGCUUUGCUAAAUCUCCACGAACUCCUGAGAAGAUGGUUCUGCUUUUGUCAGAGGUUGAGAAAAAGAGACAACAAGAUACUAUGGCGACGGUGGAAAUCGAAUCAAGACAACCACGAAAACGACGCCGUAUAGUCUGGGAUGUUGCUCCUUCCGACAUUAUUCAGGAAUAUGAACCAGUUGCUGAAAGUGACGUAGUGGAAAGAUAUGUUACGCCGCCAAAUAGAGAAGAUGAUCGUGAAGGGCAUUAUGUGUUUUCUGUUGGCGAAAAUUUAACUCCAAGAUAUAAAAUUCUAAGCAAGAUGGGUGAAGGCACAUUCGGACGAGUUUUGGAAUGUUUGGAUCAUCAAACAAAGGAGCAUGUUGCAAUCAAAGUAGUUCGAAGCAAUUCAAGAUAUCGUGGUGCUGCAAUGAUUGAAAUUGAUGUGCUUCGUCAUCUUGCAGAGCAUGAUAACGUUGGAUCGCAUUGUGUCCAAAUAAGGAGUUGGUUUGACUAUCGUAAUCACGUUUGCAUUGUAUUUGAGAAGCUUGGACCGAGCUUAUAUGAUGUCUUAAAGAGAAAUAGAUAUCGCCCUUUUCCUGUGGACCUUGUUCAGGAGUUUGGACGUCAGCUUUUGGAAUCUAUAGCAUAUAUGCAUGAGUUGAACUAUAUCCACACUGAUCUGAAGCCAGAAAACAUACUUCUUGUGUCUUCUGAGUGUGUGAAGAUACCCAACUGGGAGAGGAUUUCACAGGAAAUGCAUUUUAGCUGCUUGCCAAAGUCGAGCUCCAUUAAGCUUAUCGAUUUUGGUAGUACUGUACAUGAUAAUCCAAAUCAUAGCUCCACUGUUUCCACCAGACACUACAGAGCACCUGAAGUUAUUCUAGGUCUAGGUUGGAGCUAUCCAUGUGAUUUGUGGGGUAUUGGUUGUAUACUUGUCGAACUAUGCUCCGGUAGAGCACUCUUUCAAACUCAUGAGAACCUAGAACAUCUAGCAAUGAUGGAGAGGGUAUUGGGACCUCUUCCGCAAUAUAUGAUACAAAAAGCCACCAGAGGUGCUGAAAAGUACUUUAGACAAGGAUCACGGCUGAACUGGCCUGAAGGAGCAGAGUCAAGGGAGAGCUCCCGAGCUGUGCAGAAGCUUGAACAUUUGGAGGACCUCAUAUCUCGGCAUGUAAAUAGUUCAAAGUCCUGCCUCUUCAUUGACCUGCUGUACAAGCUGUUAAGGUUUGAUCCGUCACAGCGGCUUACUGCAAAAGAAGCGCUAAAUCAUCCAUUUUUCAAGAUAAAAGCUUCAACUCUAUAGGACAUGUUUGUGUUGUGGAGCUUUACAGCAUCCAUCUCGAAAGUAUCAGCCUGAUGCAGUGAGGAUUCCCAUCUGCCAUGACCAAAUAUAAACGAGUUUUCAAGACUGAUGCAAGAUUAGAAUGGGCAGUCGCUUUAAAUGAACGUCCUGUAUAGUGUGGGCUGAGAAAUUUAGCAGCAACAGUUUGUACAUAAACGCUGUAAUGUUUAUAUCUCGUGUAUACGCAGGUUUAGAACUCCAAUGUGACAAACUCCAAUAGAAAUAGCCAAGCUGCAUCUGAUAAUGAUUUAAUUUAGCAGCACCAUUGUAGAACCUUUUUACUGGAAAAUGACAUCGUUGCUAACCAAGUUAGUUAUUUGCCUA